AUUAUGAAUGAGUCCAUCUCACGAUAUGACGCUGACAAGACGGGGAUGGCUGAUUAUGCUCUGGAAUCAGCUGGUGGCAGCAUAAUAGGCACACGUUGUUCUAAGACCUAUAAAAAGGGCAUGUCUCAGGUUAGCGUCUUCGGAAUUCCCCUAUGGUACGCCACGAAUUCCCCAAGAACUGUCAUUCAACCUGGCAACUUACCAGGCCAGUGUUGGCCUUUCUCGGGUUCAGUUGGCUACCUGGUCGUCCAGCUAGCAACGAGGAUCCACGUAACCACGGUCUCCAUCGAGCACGUCAGCAAGAUCAUCACCACGUUCGGUGGCAUUGAAAGUGCUCCCAAGGAAUUUGCUGUUGUGGGCCUGUCGGACUCUCAGGAUGUUGAGGGGACAAUUCUUGGUAACUUUACCUACAAUAAAGAUGGCCUUCCAUUGCAAUACUUCGACAUACCUGUUGAACAUCACAGCUCCUCCUACCUAUUUGUGGAGUUGAGAGUGUAUAGUAAUCAUGGCAACGACAACUACACUUGCCUCUAUAGAUUCAGGGUUCACGGAAAACCGGAUUUGAAGUCUUGAUUGGGAUGGGGUUGGGGUUGAUGAUGAUGAUGACGAUGAGGAUGGCUGUGACGAUGAUGAUGAUGAAGAUGGUGUCGAUAAAGACGCGCGUGGUAAUAAUUUUGUCGUUGAUGUCGCUGGUUACGAUCGUGCUAUAAUGGCGUGAAGGUGAUCACUGUGAAUAAUAACAGUAAGUGUGUCCUUAUCGCUUCAGAUUUGCAUUUUAUACGCUUCUCCUAAUUCUCAUUUGCCCUUUUUUUCAUUAUUUAUUAUUGCCGAUUUAUUGUUUAACGUCAAAAUAUGUGUGUGUGUGUGUGUGUCUGUCUGUAUGUCUGUCUGUCUGUCUGCCUGUCUGUACGCUCGUGUAACAAAUUAGCCAAAAAAUUGAGGAAAUAUUAAUAAAUUAUUUAUAAAGUGUUCGAAUAUUAGAAGGAUAUGUCUGUAGUUUUGUAGUUUAUCUUUUGAUUUAAAUGAUGCUUCUCAGGACCAAAAAUUGUUGGUGAUGAUAAUGAUGUUGUUGGUAAUGGUGAUAAUAAUGGUGAUGAUGAAAGUUGUGAUGAAAUCGCCAAACUAAUUUUAAUCGCUUAGACUGUUUUUUAAACUUUCUAUUUGACAUUACGAACUUAACCAAUGCUAAUCAUAAUAAUAAUUAUUAUUAUAUAUAAUUAUAAUUAUUAGCAAUGAUGAUGAUAAUAAUGAUAAUUUUAUUAAAUUAUGAUUAUGAUGAUGUUAUUUUUAUUAAACUUCGUUUUUAUAUAUAGCAGGGGACGACGUCAAACUCUUUCUCGAUCAGUUAAUGGCUGUAUUUUUAUAUUCUACAUUUAUUUGUCCUUAUUAUUUCGUAAUUAAUAUUAUUAAGGAUACAAAAAAUUAAUAUAUUUAAUUUGUUUUACUUCAGAAUUCAAAUGCGUAGUUUAUUUACAUUGGGAUGCUGUUACAUCAGUUCAUAUUAUUUCUGUUCAUUAUUAUUAUAUUAGUUAUCUAAAUUAUUAUUUCAAUAUUAUUUUAAUAAUUUUCAAAACUUACUGGCAAUGUUUAUUUUUGUCAACUAAUGAAUGUAAAUACUUUUGUUAUUAAUUGCAGGAAUUUAAAUUUAUCACAUGAUUUUAGUUAUACAUAUAUAUAUAUAUAUAUAUAUAUUUUAGUUAUAUAUAUUGUCUGCGUGUGUGUACUUUUUUUUAUUUUAUACUUGUGAGGUUUAGAUUCUGUUUUCUUUAAAUAAUCUUGACGUUUUAAUAUGCAUUUUAACAUCAAAAUU